GGCCCGGCCCUUCUUCCCUCUGUCCCGUCUCCCGACCCGUACUCGUAACUCGCGCGCACGAAUGGUUAAAAAAAAAAAAAAAAGGGGGUGUGAAGCUCGAGCCCGCCAGGCAGGCGUCCAGUGCGCGCCCUCAGCGAGGACCCGCGCGAGCUGCCCGAGACUCUGCCUGCGCUCUUUGAAAGUCGGAACCCGUUAGGAUCUUGGGGGAGCUACCGUUCCAGCGGGUUCCGGAGCCCGUGCGCGCCGGGGGCGAGGGGCGGCCGCGAGGCGGCCCUGGUCUUUGGCGUCUGUGCAGCGUGGCGACGAGGACCGGCAUUUUCGAAGGACGCCACCUUCCAGCGCAGUGCUGGCGCGGGCGGAGGCUAACACACGGGGGUCCUGAGCCUGAGGAAAACGCGCCAAGUUCCCCUCGGCGGUGGAGUGGGGGAGACCCUCGCGGCUCCGGCGCUUGGCGAGCGGGGCCGCAGCUUGGGGCGCUCCGUGCCAGCCGGGGCGGGCGGCGCUCCGGGCAUGUAGUGGGGUGCCGGCACCGGACGGGAGCGAGCGGCGGCCCGGCUUCCCGCUCUUGGCCGUGGAUGGUCACUCCCCCGCGGGGAGGGCGAGCGGCCAGCUUUUUCUUGGGUCGGGGACUUUGCGGGGUCGGGACAGGGGACUGACCUGUCGCACCCACACUCUUCCCGGUGGGACACGCCGGCGUCAGCGCCGCGGACCGCGUCUGGGCCAUGACCAGAUAUUAUUGGUGAUUACAACCGCCCUCUGUAUAUUAAUUCCUGUCAACUCAUUGGGAUUUGAAGAGAAAAUGCCUGGUGUCAUACCUAGUGAAAGUAAUGGGCUUUCAAGAGGCAGUCCAUCCAAGAAAAACAGACUUUCCUUGAAGUUUUUUCAGAAAAAGGAAACCAAGAGAGCCUUGGAUUUUACAGAUUCUCAAGAGAGUGAAGAAAAGGCUUCUGAAUAUAGAGGCUCUGAAAUUGAUCAAGUUGUACCUGCAACACAGUCUUCACCUAUAAACUGUGAGAAGAGAGAAAAUUUACUACCGUUUGUGGGACUGAAUAAUCUUGGCAAUACUUGUUAUCUUAAUAGCAUACUCCAGGUGUUAUAUUUUUGUCCUGGUUUUAAAUCUGGAGUAAAGCACUUAUUUAAUAUUAUUUCAAGGAAGAAAGAAGCUUUAAAAGAUGAAGCCAAUCAAAGAGAUAAGGGAAAUUGCAAAGAAGAUUCUUUGGCAAGUUAUGAACUGAUAUGCAGUUUACAGUCCUUAAUAAUUUCAGUUGAACAACUUCAGGCUAGUUUUCUCUUAAAUCCAGAGAAAUAUACUGAUGAACUUGCUACUCAACCGAGGCGACUGCUUAACACACUCAGGGAACUCAACCCUAUGUAUGAAGGAUAUUUACAGCAUGAUGCACAAGAAGUAUUACAGUGUAUUUUGGGAAACAUUCAAGAAACAUGCCAACUCCUAAAAAAAGAAGAAGUAAAAAAUAAUGCGGAAUUACCUACUAAGAUAGAAGAAAAACCUGAUCAGAAAGAGGAAGUGCGUGAUCUUAACAGUGUGGAGGCUGACAGCAUGAGGAAUGCUGAGGACUGUAAAGAAAAGCUCCCAAAAGGAAACGGAAAAAGAAAAAGUGACUCUGAAUUUGGUAACUUGAAGAAAAAAGUUAAAACGUCCAAGGAACACCAGUCAUUGGAAGAGAACCAGAGACAAACUAGAUCCAAAAGAAAAGCUGUAGGGGAUACGUUGGAGGUUCCUUCUAAAGUAAUUUCCAAGUGUAUUUCUGAAAAUGAGAGUGCAAGACCCUCACAAAAGAAAUCAAGAGUAAAAAUAAAUUGGUUAAAGUCAUCAGCUAAGCAACCCAGCAUUCUUUCUAAAUUCUGUAGUCUGGGAAAAAUAACAACAAACCAAGGAGCCAAAGGACAGUCUCAAGAAAAUGAAUGUGAUCUCGAAGAGGAUCUGGAGAAGUGUGAAACUGAUGACACAACUUACGUUUCUGGUCUUGAGUCUCCAGGAAAUAAGGUUACACCUGUAAAUGCUAGUGAAGCUAAGCCCAUAAACAAAGGUGCAGAGCAAAUUGGUUUUGAGCUAGUAGAGAAGUUAUUUCAAGGUCAGCUGGUAUUAAGGACUCGUUGCUUGGAAUGUGAAAGUUUAACAGAAAGAAGAGAAGAUUUUCAGGACAUUAGUGUACCAGUACAAGAAGAUGAGCUUUCCAAAGUGGAGGAGAAUUCUGAAGUUUCUCCAGAACCAAAAACGGAAAUGAAAACCUUAAGAUGGGCAAUUUCACAGUUCGCUUCAGUGGAAAGGAUUGUGGGAGAAGAUAAAUAUUUCUGUGAAAAUUGCCAUCAUUAUACUGAAGCUGAACGAAGUCUUUUGUUUGAUAAAAUGCCUGAAGUUAUCACUAUUCAUUUGAAGUGCUUUGCUGCUAGUGGCUUGGAGUUUGAUUGUUACGGUGGUGGACUUUCCAAGAUCAACACGCCUUUACUGACACCUCUUAAAUUGUCACUAGAAGAGUGGAGCACAAAACCAACUAAUGACAGCUAUGGAUUAUUUGCAGUUGUGAUGCACAGUGGAAUUACAAUUAGUAGUGGGCAUUACACUGCUUCUGUUAAAGUCACAGACCUUAACAGUUUAGAACUAGAUAAGGGAAAUUUUAUGGUUGACCAAAUGUGUGAAAUAGGUAAGCCAGAACCAUUGAAUGAGGAGGAAGCAAGGGGUGUGGCUGAAAAUUAUGAUGAAGAAGUGUCCAUUAGAGUUGGUGGAAAUACACAGCCAAGUAAAGCUUUGAACAAAAAAAAUGUGGAAGCUGUUGGACUUCUCGGAGGACAAAAGAGCAAGACGGAUUAUGAGCUUCACAGUAAAGCAGCUAAUCCUGACAAAGUUACCAGUACAGCAUUUGCUGAAAAUAGAAAUUCGGACACUAACAGUCCUAACGGGACUCGUGAGUCUGAUGGAAACAAGGACUCCAGUGACCAAACAGGCGUUAACAUUAGUGGAUUUGAGAACAAGAUUUCAUACAUAGUGCAAAGCUUAAAGGAGUAUGAGGGAAAGUGGUUGCUUUUUGACGAUUCUGAAGUGAAAGUUACUGAAGAAAAGGACUUUCUGAAUUCUCUUUCCCCUUCAACAUCUCCUACAUCUACUCCUUACUUACUGUUUUAUAAGAAAUUAUAGAGUAAACAUAUUUUCAUUGUACAUAUAUAUUGUAUAUUAAACAGACCUGGACAAACAUUGGUAAAGUUGAUUACAUGAAAGAGUCUUUUAGCUUAUCUUUUGCAGUUACUGGAUAUUAUUGGUCUCUAGGUUUUUUGAUAGCGGAAAUUUGAAUUACUGAAAACCAUGUUAAUUUUUUAGGAUUCAUUUUCCUUUGUAGAGACUAGUGACACAUUAGCUUCUGGGAACAAGCUUAAGUAGGUUCGUAAUGGAAGCAUUUACGUACUUUUGGAUUUACACUGACCUUUUGUGUUUGCUUUUUAAAAUAAAGUGCUUGUAGUUGUAUUCUCCAUAUUUUGGAGUAAUUACCUACAUGAUGUUUUAUAGGUCCCAUGGUUUUCACCGAAGAAGUAGAAUUUCAUCAGUUUAAUUAGUUUUAUAUCAGUUUGUAUCAAAGGCACAAAGUCUAGAAUGUGUAUAUUCACAAUGAUGUAUAAUUUGUGCCUUGACCCUUUCAAGUGUCUCCAAAAACCUGGACAGUCUCUGAAAUCUUCUCAAAAAUGUAUGUAAGAUGAUCCUGUACUCUACCAAUUUCUAUCUCUUCAUACCCAUACUCUGCAUGAUCUGUAUAUAGUACAUCAAACUUAGAUAUGACCUAAAUUUAACUUUUUUUAAAAAAAAACUGGGAGGUCAAUAAAAUUUGAACUGUUUAACAAAUAUG